GGCUAACUUGAACCUCGAUUUUGUUUUUUUUUCAAUCAAAACAAACAAAAUUUCGCAAACAAAAAGCUUUUUCUUAACUAGUUUUAUAAUUUCGUUAAUUUAUCAGUGAAAAUCGCGAAAAUAGGUAACGUUCUGCAAAAUGUCCAACAAUAAAGACACACCCGAGCACCUGCAAGCCCAGAACAUAAUCGUGAUCCACCCGGGAUCUCUCUACCUCCGGAUGGGCCGGGCCUCGGACGUAAACCCGUGUCGCAUCCUGCACGCCAUUGGCCGCCGCCGCAAACCCGGUGGCCGUGCCUAUCGAGACGUGGUUCUUCCGGCACCGGUGGCCAAACCCACCAAGGAAUCCACGCUGCCGGAACUGGAGGAAUGUCGGCUGGCCGUUUCGCACACACUGCAGUCUUGUGUUCAGUCGGACGGGCGGAGGAGAUACGCGACGCCACCGCAACAGAUUUCGGCAUUCAAUAGGCGAUCCGGAGCGGAAGUUGUGCAGGCCAACAGAGUGGACUGGAAGGAUGAUCUGCCUGGUGAUAGGGUGUACGGGGAGGAGGUGCUGUGGUUGAACCCGGGUGGGGAAUUUAACGUGCACUAUCCGAUACGCCGAGGGGAGCUGAAUUUGCACGGGGAUGUCGGAGGGUCAAUGUCCGGAGUUAUGUGCGACUUGCAGGAUAUCUGGGAGUACGUGUUGAGGCAUCGGCUUCGGAUAGAUUUGAAACAGCUGAAGCAGUACAAAGCGGUUUUGGUGAUUCCGGAUAUCUACAAUAGGGGGCACUUGAAGGAGUUGACGUCGCUGCUGUUGAAUAAGAUUGGAUUCGGUUGUUGCUUUCUGGUGCAGGAUCACGUUUCGGCGACGUUCGGAGCGGGACUGGGCUAUGCCUGUGUCGUGGACGUUGGAGAUCAGAAGACCUCCGUUUCCUGCGUGGAAGAUGGCAUCUCCCAUCCGAACACUCGAGUUCGAUUGAACUACGGAGGAGCGGACGUAACACAAACCUUCCAUUGGAUGCUCCAGAAGUGUAGCUUCCCGUACAAGGAAUGCGAUCAAACUCGCCCUCAGGAUGCGUUCCUCCUCAAGCAACUCAAAGAGGACUUUUGCCAUGUUAACCUGGACGUUUGUGGUGCUCAAGAGAAGACCUUCACCGUUCAUCAGCCUCUUCAGGAAAAACGUCGCUUCACUCUUCAAAUCGGGGACGAGGCUAUCGUGGCCCCGCUGGGCCUCUUCCAUACAGAGCUCCUGUCUGUGACGGGGGCCAACAAAUCCACACCCAUCACGCAGAUCCCAUCCCGGGCUCAACCGCACCCGGAGGAUUGCUUCGAUGCCGAAUAUCUGAGGGAAACGGGCCGCCGAGGUGGAAAAGAGAAUCUGGAGCAAACGGCCAACGAAAGUGGUUUGGCCAGUGCGGAAAAUCCGGACGAAGACAUGGUCGUCGAGGGGCUGGAACAGGACCGGGAAAGCAAAGCGAACGAGAAAGACUUUAUAUUGCCCGGUGGGCAGAUGAUCGGAAUCGACCAGGCUGUACUGCAGAGCAUCGAACGAUGUCCGAAUGACGAACUGAAGCGCAAAAUGUACGGCUGCAUUUUAGUCGUCGGGGGCGGCAUGAAAUUCACCGGCAUCAGCAAUUGGCUGCAGAACCGAGUGGCGCUAAAAAUUCCACUGAUGUACCGCUCGGAGCACAACAUUGUGACCAGCUCGAAGGACAUCGACCCGGAGAUUACGGCCUGGAAGGGAGCCGCCAUCAUGUCCUGUCUGGAGAGUGCCGCCGAACUGUGGCUGACCGAGGCCGAGUGGACCCGCUACGGACUUCGGAUAUUGCGCGAGAAAGCGGUAUUCAUGUGGUAGGUCGUU